UAACCCCCCCGUGCCUUUCCCCCCCUCGAUAUCUACAUGCGUAUUGUGUUCUCGAGCGUCUAUAUUUUCAUACAUGAGUAGAACGUAUGCGCAUUAUCAGCUCUUUUAGACUCGCAAGUCGAUCGUCCCGUGUCGGAUAACUCUGUUUGAAAGACGUCACUCACUCACUCACUCACUCAUCGCCUUGACCCACCUCCUCUAGUUCAUCUCAUCUCAUCUCAUCUCACGACCCGUCAAUCUCGCACUUGCCUCUUUACUUACACACAUACACACAUACACACAUAACUCACACACUCAUCAUGGCAUUCACGAUGCACUCCCAUUCGGGGCAGUUCUGCCCCGGCCACGCAAAGGACCAACUCGAGGCCAUCAUCCAGCACGCCAUCAGCAUAGGCUACAAGACCAUGGGCCUGACAGAACAUAUGCCGCGCCUGGAGAUCGCAGACCUCUACCCCGAAGAACUCGAAGAAGGCGACCCCGAGGCCUCUAUUGCCGUCCUCGCCCCCCGCCACGAGGCUUACCUCCUCGAGGCCCAGCGCCUGCGCGAGAAGUACGCCUCCCAGAUCGACCUCCUCAUCGGCUUCGAGGGGGAGUGGUACCGCCCGGCCUACGGGCCCUUCAUCCGGUCCCUCGCGUCCCACCCAGCCGUCGACUACUUCAUCGGCUCGCUGCAUCACGUCAACGCCGUGCCCAUCGACUACAGCCGCGAGAUGUACCUCGACGCCAUGCGGACGGCGGGCGCCGGCGAGGAGGCCAUGUACGAGCGCUACUACGAUCAACAGCACGAGAUGCUGACGGCGCUCGAGCCGCGCGUCGUCGGCCACUUCGACCUCGUCCGGCUGAUGAGCGAAGACCCCGGACGGGACGUGAGGGCGUGGGACGGCGUGUGGGAGAGGAUCGUGAGGAACCUGCGGGUCGUGAGGGAGUACGGCGGCCUGUUGGAGUGCAACAGCAGCGCGUUGCGGAAGGGACUCGACGAGCCUUACCCUUGUCGGGUCAUUGCCGAGGCUUGGCUCGAGAUGGGCGGGCGGUUCACCUUCUCCGACGACAGCCACGGCAUCGCGCAGGUCGCGACGAAUUACAGGCGCAACCUGGACUAUCUCGAGAGCUUGGGCGUCAAAGAGGUGUACACCUUUGAGCGCGGGCCCGUCGAGGGCGUCAACGGGGAUGCGAAAGCGACGUUGCGCGAGAAGGGCGUUUCGCUGGCGACGUUUCGGGAGAACUUCAAAUGAGUAGAGAGUUGGUGGAAGGCGAGAUGACCCGGUUGUUGGAGUAGACAUGGACGAAUAGAGAUAGAUGCCUCUGUAUGAGGUUGCAUAGACAAAGUAGCGCUC